AUGCUGCGGCAUUGCCCUAUUCCCCGUUUCUCGUCUGGUGGUGCUCGUAAAAAGAUGUCAAAUGGGAAAGAGAAGAAUUUACGUGUUCCAUUGGAGACCCAGGCACACGACCGGGCUGAUACCAAGGACGUCGUCCCUGAACCAUUGCCACCUCAGAAAGUACUCAAGAUAUUUAGUAUUAACAUCAUUGCUCAGGGUUUGCCUUUCUGCCGCAGACGGAUGAAGAGAAAGUUGGACCAUGGCCCUGAGGUCCGAUCUUUCCCUUCAGGCAAAAAGCCCUGCAAAGGCACAGAGUAUCCCAGCCCGACAGGAAUCGUCCCGUGUCCAGCCACACCCACCACGUUCGGUCACAUAAGAACGGCCAACGGUCAGGGGCAACAGAGACGGCGUAUCACCUCAAUUCAGCCACCUACGGGUCUCCAAGAAUGGCUCCGAACAUUUCAGAGCUGGACUGGCCCAGAGAAGCUGCUGGCGCUGGAUGAGUUGAUUGACAGCUGUGAGCCCACACAAGUCAAGCAUAUGAUGCAGGUGAUCGAGCCGCAGUUUCAGCGCGACUUUAUCUCCCUGCUGCCCAAAGAGCUGGCUUUGUAUGUGCUGUCAUUCCUGGAACCGAAGGACCUCCUCCAAGCAGCGCAGACGUGUCGCUACUGGCGCAUCCUGGCAGAAGACAACCUGCUGUGGAGGGAGAAAUGCAGGGAAGAGGGCAUCGAUGAGCCUUUGCCCCUUAAGAAGAGAAAAAUCGUCAAACCCGGCUUCACUCACAGCCCCUGGAAGAGUGCCUACAUCAGGCAGCACAGAAUAGACACUAACUGGAGGAGAGGGGACCUCAAAUCACCCAAGGUGCUGAAAGGUCACGAUGACCACGUGAUCACCUGCCUCCAGUUUUGUGGCAACCGCAUCGUCAGCGGCUCUGACGACAACACGCUUAAAGUCUGGUCGGCUAUCACAGGAAAGUGUCUGCGGACGUUGGUGGGCCACACAGGCGGUGUAUGGUCAUCCCAGAUGCGGGACAACAUAAUUAUCAGCGGCUCCACUGAUCGCACACUCAAGGUCUGGAACGCAGAGACAGGAGAAUGUAUCCACACCCUCUAUGGGCAUACCUCAACAGUGCGCUGCAUGCACCUACAUGAGAAAAGGGUGGUCAGUGGCUCUCGCGACGCCACGCUGCGUGUCUGGGACAUUGAGACGGGUCAGUGUUUACACGUCCUCAUGGGCCACGUGGCGGCUGUGCGCUGCGUCCAGUACGACGGGCGGCGGGUGGUCAGCGGUGCCUACGACUUCAUGGUCAAAGUGUGGGACCCCGAGACGGAGACCUGCCUCCACACGCUGCAGGGCCACACCAACAGAGUUUACUCGUUACAGUUUGAUGGGAUCCACGUAGUGAGCGGCUCAUUGGACACGUCUAUAAGGGUCUGGGACGUGGAGACGGGCAACUGCAUCCACACGCUAACAGGGCAUCAGUCCCUCACCAGCGGCAUGGAGCUCAAAGACAACAUCCUUGUCUCAGGCAACGCAGACUCCACUGUCAAGAUCUGGGACAUCAAGACGGGCCAGUGCCUGCAAACACUGCAAGGUCCCCACAAGCACCAGAGCGCCGUCACGUGCCUGCAAUUCAACAAGAACUUUGUCAUCACCAGCUCGGACGAUGGCACGGUCAAACUGUGGGACCUGAAGACGGGCGAGUUUAUCCGUAACCUGGUGACUCUGGAGAGCGGUGGCAGCGGCGGUGUGGUGUGGCGCAUCCGAGCCUCCAACACCAAGCUGGUGUGUGCGGUCGGUAGCCGCAACGGCACAGAGGAGACCAAGCUGCUGGUGCUGGACUUUGACGUGGACAUGAAGUGAGAGGGGAUGCAGAGGGGAAGCAUGAAGACAGCAAACCGUGGAGAGGAAGGAAAAGAGGGGGGAGCGAGAAGAGGCACCUAGACACCAGAGGGCCAAAGCCCAGAACUCUUCACCCAAACUCGCAAAUCUACAACAACCACCACCACCAGUGGGCUGUCCUGUCCUCUACCAUUACCUUCCCCGUCCCCUUUUGGGCAAAUGUUACUGACAAAGCCACAGACCCUCACAUGUGUUCAGCCCCGGCUUUUGACCCCCCCUACCACCAGUACGAGGUGGAGUCGGAGGGGAUCGGGCUGGAAACGGGGCGGGGGGGGGGGGCACGACCGAUCUGUCCCUUGAUUGGCUGGGAGAAAGAAGAGAAAAGAGAGGAAGGAAGGAACAACUGACGCUGACUGAACUCUUCUGAAGUGACUCUCCACCCUUUCGGUUCGGGGGCGGCUUCGCACAGAGACUUUGUUUCACUCAAGCCGGACAGACUUUGAGAUGUACAGAGAUAUAUUAUUUUUUAAAAGACCCCCCACAACCCCCUCCCAUCAGUGCGCGCCCGCAUACACACACACAUACACUCAAGCGGCCAACCCGGAAAGUGGUAAACGUUGACCUUUAGGAUACGAUUGAGGAAGGUGGGAGACGUUUUAGAGAUGAAUUUCCACACACACACACACACACUCACACACACUCACACACUCACACACACAGUUACACCUGAAGAGCUGCUUGAUGUAGACGAGAGAAAGCGAUUGGCUUCCAAACGUGAAGGGUUCAGCCUGUAAUCAGGCUCGUUUCUUGUCACUCCAUUUCCGUUCUUAAUGUUCUCCACUCGGUUCCUGUAGUUUCAGUUCUUUACAAUAUCGCACACAAACACAACUGUGAAUUUCAAUACCAUUUUGGUUUAUCAUAUGAAAGGGGUUUCUCUUAUGUUGUUGUUGUUUUGUUUUUUUUCUUUCCUUGACGUUGCCAACAGCAACAAAUCCCAGUAUUAGAACCCACUCUGUUUAGGUUUGCUGUCAUUAUGUCACAAGUUUGUUUUUCUUUUUUUUUGUCUUUUUAUUUGAGUUGUUUGUUCUUCCUUUCUGUUUUCUACAUACAUGGGUUUGGGGCUCUGUCUCCACAUAGACGUCAAUGCUGUCCAGAAUUUUUCAGUCUUGCUGGGGUGGUUUCCUUGAUGCCAGUGCUGUGAGGAGAGGAAGUAAAGUUUCUUAAUUCUAAGCGCUGUGGAUUAUUGCCCCUGCUCCCCCUCCAGCCCCUUCCCCUUUAGUGUUUUCCCCCAGUGGCCAAACUCUAUUUAUGCUGCUAGAUGAAUGGGGGGGAAGAAAAGAGAUGGAACUUUUACUUGCUGUGACGUUUUAGUCCCAGGCGAAAUUCCAAAUUGAACUCUAUAUGUUUGGACUUUAAGACACAGAGUAAAACAAACGAUGACAAAAGAUAACAUCCAACAUUUUUUUGUUUUAUUUUGUCUGUUUUUGCCACUGAAACUUGAGCCAAACGUGCCUCUACGAGGCUGAGAGGACGGAGUGUGUCCGACAGAUACUGACGGGAUUGCCUGCAGAGAGGAAACAAGGGGAUGUACACUGUUGGCGUGCGUGUGUGUGCGUGCAUGAGUGCGUGUGUUAGCGUGUUAAUGGGCAACUUGUAAACACAUUCCUUGGGACAACGCUCUUUCAGCCUGUCCUUUGGGGAAAUGUACAAAUGCUGUGUGGACUGGCAAAGUUUAAAAAAAAAAAAAAAAAAAAAAAAAAAACCUAGCAGAUGUAUCGAUUUUAACACGUGAAUGAAAGAACUGUUCGUAUCCGUGUGUGAUUGUUGUUCCAUUCAAAGAUGUCUGAAGCAACAGAGGAGACCAUCACAAGCAUCAACUGACAGGUAGAUCUGCCAGGAGUCUUAGUGUUACAUGUGUUGCAGUUUAAAAUCACCAGUGCGGCUGCUCUGCGGUGGCGGCAGCCUCACGGAUUGUCAGUGGGAAAAAUAAAAACAAAAAGGCAACAAAGGUGAACAGAAACAUUGUAGCCAAACGAAAAAUCGUCUCAAUCUCCAAGAGUCACAACUCAAGCUGAACUGUGAAAGUGGUAUAACACUGUAUAUUAAAAAAGAAAAAAAAGAAAACAAUCUUGCUCUAUCUCCUCGUUGUUUUCUCCAUCUGUUUAAUUUAUGAUCUGGUUUGAGAAAUCAGAUUUGUUGCAGGUGUUUUAUUUUUUCAGUUCAUGUAAACUGCCUGGCAAAAAAGAAAACAGACAGAAAAAACCUUAAAGGGAUUGUGUAUUUGUUUGAUUCACUUAGAAUUUUAUUUUCUUAUAACUUAAGUGCAAUAAAAUGUGGGUUUUUCUUUUUUCAUUUCAAGCAUAUCAGUUGUCUGUUUUUGUUACCUGUGUGAAGGCAUCUUAUAUGUUCAAUAAAGCUAAUUAUUUGGUUAUGUACAUCCACGAGGGAAUAAUUUUAACAUUUAUCACAGUGCAGGUUUUCUAGGCCAAAUUUAUCCUA